AUGUCGAGAUUCUAAAAUUUUUAAUAGAGUAAUUUAAAUGCGUUUACAGCCAACAACACAUAACAACUCAUGCCAGUGAAUCAUCCUUCUUAACGCCAAUAUUUUACUUAAUGCAGAGGUCAAACAUAAGAGAAAAAAGCAUCAGAUUAGCCUCUUAAGUAAAUGAGUCAACCUCAGUCUAAUUUGACAGAGACGAAACCCAGUCCAUUAAUGAAGAUAGCUGAAAGGUCAUAAAAAACUUCGCCUAAUAAUUUUGGAAAGAAAAAAAAUAAUCUUUAGUUAUAAAAGGUUGUAACAAGAAUGGAAAGAAAUAAUGAUGAUGCCGCAUCUAAUGGUAUUAAUGACAAGAUUUCACAUCAUCAAAACAUGAUCCAGAAAAUAAAAUGCAACAGAUAUUAUAUAGAUGAUUUAAUUGCAGCAUUUUAGGAUGAAACAUUAAGUUUUUCAAAGUUAUAUCGAGAUAAUUUCGUUAAUUCCUUUAAUUUUAUACCAAUAAUAAAAAUGGAGCAGUUUGUAUAGGUUGAGGACAAGGAAAUACAAGAGAAAAGAAUAAAAUUAGAGCCCUACCCUCCAAAUCUGAAAUAUAAGAAGACAGUCAUUUUCGAUCUAGAUGAAACAUUGGUUCAUUGUAAUGAAGAAGACAAUAUGUCCUCUUAAAUUGUAUUGCCCAUCACUUUCCCCACUGGAGAGAAAGUUAAUGCUGGGAUCAACAUAAGACCUUUUGCUGAGAAAAUGAUAAAAUUAUUAAGCGAUAUUUGUGAAGUGAUGAUCUUUACAGCCUCCCACGAAUGUUAUGCUAAUGAGGUUAUUAAUUAUCUGGAUCCUUAAUCUAGAGUCAAAAGGAGAAUUUUCAGGGAUAGUUGUGUGACUGAUAUAAAUUCCAACUAUUAUGUUAAGAACCUGGAAGUUAUUGAUCGAGAUUUGAAGGACAUCGUGAUAGUGGAUAAUGCAUCAUAUAGUUUUGUUCAUCAUAUAGAUAAUGGCAUACCCAUCAUAUCGUUUUAUGACGACAAACAAGACAAUCAAUUGAUUAAGUUAUAUAGGUUUUUAAUAAAUAAGGUUUUGCCUCAAGAAGACGUUCGACCUUUGUUAAAAGAAUAUUUCAAAUUAGAAUAAAUUGAUCAGUUCUAAACAAUAGUCGAAGCUGUUGAAAGGAUGUAUUGUAUCGAAUGAAGUCAAUGUGGAUAUUAUUUGUUUAUUUUUAUGUUAGUGUCAUUUAUAAUUAAUA